CAGAUAACACGAACUUCCUCUAAUUUUUUUAGACAUAGAUGUGGUUAUAAAUUAGGCUCGGCACAGUUCGAAGCAAUGGAACACCGUGGACGAAGCACUGGACACUUCUUAAACCCUUCGUAACUUCAAGAACAUCGUUGCAAAACGCAUCAGCAGAGAUGAGUGGGAUAAUAGGUAUAGCAAUGGCUCUCGUUAUCCUGAGUGUUCACGGGGAGAUCACGAAUAACGGGCAUUGUACGGGUGGCAGCUGCUUCACUAUCCACACGGACAAGGCGAAUUUCGCCGCAGCGCAACAAGUUUGUGAAAGUAAAGGCGGACAUUUGAUGACCGUUCGCAAGGACACGACGAGCGAUAUACUGGCGGAUUUACUGAACGCCGUUCCCGGAGACUUUUGGCUCGGACUGAGAUACGCCGGUGAUCGGUGUUCCAACUCAACUCUUGGGCUAAAGGGAUACAAAUGGAUCACCGGACACAACACAACUCAAUACAUCAACUGGAAAAGCAACCAGAUGGUCUGUUCCCCACAAUGUGUGUCAGUGUCAAAGAACGUUCUAAAAUGGAACGAAAGACAUUGUCGUGAGGAAAUUGACGGAUAUUUGUGCGAAUACAAGAAUGCCGACUACUGUGAUCCGUUGAGUUCGAGCCAACCAGUCUUAUAUGAAACGUUACUUGGAUUUAGGACAGAUGGGAAACUCAAGGAGGUUCCUGAUGGAACCAAUGGAACCAUUCUGCCGUUUGGAACGCGGUUUAUCUGUUUAUCCGGCACAUGGAUUGCAGCACCUUGGAAUUGUGAGGUGUUUGGUGGUGGUUGUGCUUAUAAGUGCAUAAAGAACGAACAAAUCAGCACGUGCACCUGCCCAAAAGGAUACAAAAUCGAGGACAACAAUGUCACUUGCACCAAAAAGUAUGAUCCAUGUUUGCUUGCAGAAUGUGAGCAUGAUUGCUCAAGAGUUGGCAACACAUCUGUGUGCAUCUGUCGCCAGGGGUUUGAACUGGAUGCAGAUAAGAAGACGUGCAAAGACAUAAACGAUUGCAUUGAUGAAAGUGUGUGUCAGGGUCAGAACGAGGAGUGUGUCAACACAAAAGGUAGCUUUGAGUGUCGAUGUAAGCUCGGGUUUGAGAGAGUGAAUGGCUUUUGCGUUGAUGUUGACGAAUGUUCUAUGUCUGGAUCUGUGAAAUGUGAUCACCAGUGCGUCAACGAUGAAGGUAGCUAUCACUGUGAAUGCUUCGAAGGAUACAUACAAUCAGCAAAAGACACAGGAGAAUGCAUUAAGAACUGUUCAUUUAAAUGCCCUGCAGAUUGCGACAUCAAUACUAGCGCCCAAUGUGCCUGUCCGGAUGGUUUCCUUCUUGAAGACGAACAAUUUUGCGUUGAUAUAGACGAAUGCGACAAUGGUGACUGUGACCAAGAAUGUAAAAAUACAGCUGGUGGGUUUGAAUGUUUUUGCCGUGACGGAUUCGAGCUUAUAGAUGAAUUAAAUUGUGUGAGAAAAGACUUUGGGGGUUUAGAUACCUCUUCGACUUUUGAUAUGUUUAUACCUACCAGCAGAUCCCCAACCGACCAGCCAGUGCUCCUCUCAGCUGGCAUCCUGUUGGCAAUAAUGAUUUGCACUGUUAUGUCUGUUCUUAUACUGGUGUGCCUCACUUACUACAUACUGAGACGUCGAAAUAAAAUGCACCAUUAUGAUGUAUACAAAGGCCAGUGUGACGUCAGCGGUUUUCAACAGGUGAUCAUUGAAAAGAACAGCGCAGAACUGUCUUUUCCAAGCAGGUAUUUAAAACAAGACACUUAAAAUCGGACUUCAUUCAUACUGUACAAUGAAAAUAGAAAAAGUAUGCCUAUUUAAGAUGUAUAGCCUACACAUUUUUAAAAAUAUACAUCAUUUUAACAGAAGAUUAUUUUUUAUGUAAACUUUAUUUAAUGAAAAAAAAAAAAAAAAAAACCUUAUUGCACACAUUUGAAGAAGUAUUCAAUGUCAGUAUUGCUGAAUGGUGUCAUAUGAAGAGAAUAAAUGUUUUGUUUAAAUAUUUAA